AUGGCUGCCGAGCCCCAGAAUAUUACGGAGGACAUACCGGCCGAGGAUGAAUCCGGCAAGAGAGUCAAGCCCAAGUUCGACGUCCUUCAACCUUUCGAUCCAGUUGAAGUGAUCCUCUUGGACAAGGAGCAAUCGCUUAAGGAAACAUCGGACAAGGAUUCUGAGCCUGAUGGAGCUCUGGGCGAACGUCUCCCUGCCUUCUCGUUCACAGCCAGGCCUUCGGCGACUCCUCCAGGCACCGGUAUGGCAGGCUUGAUUGAGACCACCAAGAACAAGCCGAGCGUCGUUUUCCUGCCGGACGAGCGCUACACGUUUGCGGACAGCAGGUUUCCCUGGUCCCUGGUCGGCAAAAUUCGUACUGCCAGUGGCUCAGCCUCUGGUGUCGUAGUCGGGCCACGCCAUGUACUCACAGCCUCGCACGCCAUCAACUGGAGGCGGGAUUCGGCCGGCAGAAUCGGAUGGGCGACGUUCACGCCAGCUUAUUACGACGGACGCGGCCCGUGGGGCGAGUUCGCUGCCAGACAGAUUGUUGCCUGGCGCGAGAUCACCGGCCCGUCUUUGACCGACGAACAAACUGCGUUCGACUAUGCCGUUUUGGUACUCCACGACACGAUCAACGACAAGGUUGGCGGCUUUGCAGGCCACCGCCCGUACGACGCCGCCUGGAACGGACAAGCUGUGUGGCAGACCAUCGGAUAUCCGGCUGAUCUCAACAGUGGCGAGCGUCCGGCGUUCCAGAAUGGCUGUAUUAUCAGCAGCAAGGAUGAUCAUACCUGGAACGGCCGUACCGGUUCCGUACUCGGGCACUUCAACGACAUCUUCCCUGGCCAAGAUGGCGGGCCGUGCUGGGGUACGUGGACCGGAGAACCGGCGCCACGUGUUGUGGGCGUGCAGAGCACGGAGCCAAGAGUCCCCAUCUUGGGUAGUAAGAGUGGAGACAAUGAGUACGCUGGUGGGAACGCAAUGUCUGACCUGAUCAGUUGGGUAAUAACCAACAGGCCUUAG